UCGUCGUAUUAUUUAUUGUAAAAAAAAAACAAGCGGCAUCAGUCAGUGAUUCAAGUCAUUCAAGUGAAGCGUCCGCCAAAGAAAUCCCGGUUUAAUUCCUCGAAUUUUUCAUUACAUUCAGCAUUAUAAAUCGCAAAAAAUACCAAAAAUGAGCGACAACAAGCCCGAAACUAGCGCUGCAAUGGUCGAAGACCGACCGAACACACCGGAGGAGGAUGGCCAGGACGAGGAAGAACCAACCAGACCGGAGGAUUUGCAGCUAGUUAAGAUGGAGGACGUAAUUACGAUCGAUCCGGAAGCGACCGAUGUGGAUCUCAAUCACGGUCGGAUCGGAAAAAUCGAGCGUCUAGAACCGCUGGUUAAGCUGGAGAGGUUGUUUCUACGGUGGAACUUGAUCAAGAAAAUCGAAAACAUGGAUCACUUGACCGCGCUGCAGGAAUUGGAACUGUACGACAAUCAAAUCACCAAACUGGAGAAUUUGGACAACUUGGUUAACCUUGAGGUGUUGGACAUUAGCUUCAAUCGGAUUCAUAAAAUAGAGAAUUUGGAUCGUUUAGUAAAAUUACACAAACUGUACUUGUGUGCAAAUAAGAUCUCAGUUAUUGAAAAUAUCGGACAUUUGACCAACUUAACUAUGCUGGAAUUAGGUGACAAUAAAUUAAGGAAAAUCCAACAUUUGGAAACAUUGACCAACCUGACGCAGCUGUACUUGGGUAAGAACAAAAUUACCAAGAUCGAAAACCUGGACGCCCUGGUCAAUCUGGAGUGUCUCAGCUUGCAGAGCAAUCGGAUCGUAAAGAUCGAGAACCUGGACAAGCUGGUCAAUCUGAAUGAGCUGUAUCUGUCGGAGAACGGUAUCGAAAAGAUCGAAAACUUGGACCACAAUAAGCAGCUGGACACGCUGGAUCUGGCCAAAAACCGCAUCAAAACUAUCGAGAACGUGGAGCAUUUGGAGUGUUUGGAGGAAUUUUGGAUGAACGACAACUCUGUUGCGGACUGGAACUGUGUGAAUGUGCUUGCAUCUAACAAACGAUUGGCCACCGUUUAUCUGGAGCGUAAUCCAAUCGCGUCGGACAGCACGUACCGUAACAAACUGAAGCUUGCCGUUCCGUGGUUGACCAAGAUCGAUGCCACAUUGUGCCGUUAAGAAAAUGGAAGAAAUUUAGUAGAACACAUGCGUUCUUGAGAAGCAAACAAAUCAAGAAAGAUAUCUAAAUGGCCUGUUUAAACCGACGCUAAUAACUGGACAACUACUAAAAAAUAGCUAAUAGGAAAUACUACGCAUUAUAAUGAUCCGUUAAUUGUCAUAACAUUUGAAAUAUCAUUACUUCUAAUAGUAACUAACAAGAACUAUUAA